UGCGCAUGCGGGUCUGGCUCUGGGAAGGUUGGAGGGAGACACAGGUAUGGGGCUUGGGGGAGCUCUCAGCUGGUCUCCUGUGAAUUAGUCUCCCUUCCCCUGACCUCCCUGCGUCCUCUACUUGUCCCUUCUCAUCUCCUACCUGCUGUCCUUGCUUGCACCUCUCUCAAUGGCCACACUUCAACAGCAUCUAGUUAUAAAGUGCCUUGGGAGACUUUGAAAGCUGCUCCCCACAGGCAGCUACAUGUCCAGAAUGAUGACAACUGACAUGGUUGACAACCACCGAGAGAGCUGGGAUUCUCUUAUCUGUGCCAUGGAGAAGUACCGUAAGCAAACCGGCAAUGAUGUUGUCCUCCUCACAGCUUACCGGCCCAAGCUGCAGUCAAACCUUGCCUAUGCAGUCCACGGCACAGGGGCCCUCUCGGAUGCCACAAAGCAGUACUUAGAUGACAUUGCAGUUUUCCACAAGACCUCUGCUUACACCAACAGCGUGAUCCCAGUGCCCAACAGUGAGAAAGCUGCAGGGCAGGACGCACAUGCCUCUGAGGAUGCCUUCUCCAAGAGCUAUCCGUCCAUUUAUGGCAAGAGUGGUUUUACGACUGGCAAUCAGGGUCUGGUCAGUCCAGGACCAGUGACCACACAUGGCCCGGAGGCAGCAGAAACAGAGGAGAGGACGGCUUCUGUAUCAGAGAGAGAAGUGGACCGAUGUAGCUUAAACGAUACUUCAGCAAUGUUCACAAUGGAUGAGGAAUCAACCAGUCAGGACUGUGAGCCCUUCUUUGAAUCUGACCUUGAUGGAGAAAGCACAGAUGAUGGCAGUCUGAGUGAGGAACUUCCUGUUCGUUCGCAAACGUUGCCACAAGCAAGGCAUCACCAGUAUGCCAAAUCCCUGCCUGUGUCUGUUCCCAUAUGGGGAUUCAAAGAUCUGAAGCCAAAGAAGCUUGCUGAUGGGGACAAUGAAGAAAGGUUGCCUUCCCCAGAUUUGGACAAGAUUGCUGCUAGCAUGAGGGCCUUGGCCAUGAGUGUGACAGACGGCACUGAAAUGUUUGGUGACUUGCCUCGUCCCCGACUCAACACCGGUGACUUUCAGAAGCCCUAUCGGAAGUACUAAAGCACUUUUCGCCGCUGCGACUUAUUCUACCCUUCCCUCCCCUUCCUUUCUCCCUCUGUUCUGCACCCUACCAUGUCAAGCACAACACUACAGGAACCCUUCCUGCAAGAAAAGUCGUUUACUGGCCCAGGGCCAUCCCAUGGGCCAGCUGCUUCAUGUAGCAUUAAGGUUACGUAUAACAAAAGACUGGCUCAGAAGUUGAUUCAGUAACUUUUCAAAAAUGAAGAAAGCGAGAAACUUUAUAGUAUAUUUUUCUGGCAAAACAUUGUGUGUAGCAGAGUGCCCAAGAAUCCACUUUUAAUGUUCCAAUUUGUCCUUGUGUCGUUCUCCUCCUUCCAGCAUGCUUUGGUUUUUUUUAAAACAAGCUAACUGAGCCCUUUCAUUAUAUUCAGACAACAACAUGGUUCACAACGGAAGCCCCAACAGCAUGGCAUUUUUAAUCUGUGUGUCUCUCUC